AUGUCCACUCAACUGAUUGAAUCAUCGCCAUUUGCAGCCUCCAGUGACGUCCGGUCGAUCCACCGAACACUGCAUCUACUUUACCACCACAACAAGAACCAGCAUCGCUGCACGAAAUGGUGGAAAUGGCUGAACAUGCUGAGGCGGUGGACACUGAAUCUCGCGUGUGAAAUCGAAAGGAUCGAGAAAUUCGAGGACGUCCGGAGCGCAGAUGGCAGUGAUGAACACCCGUUUGCUCCUGUGUGGAGAAUAAUGAGCUAUCUUCACGACGAGCUUGUUCCACGGUGCUAUAGAGCAUUUUCUACUGUGGUUGCAGAUAUCCAAUUUUGCUCCUUGGGUGUUGUUUUGCUGGCUACGCUUGCUGAAGUAUUCAAAGUCGUCCAGAUAAAUAAGGGCGAACUGUCGAAUAUUGCUCAGGAACUUGGAGAUGAGAAGGCCUCGGAGCCCACUCCCAGGCCAGCUAGUAAUGCUGCUGUUGCCAAUGAAGAUUUUGGUGAAGUGAUUCGACGUUCUGAAGUUGACACCCAAGUCAAAAAGAAAGUCGACUCAGCUGUGUCUACUGAUGGUGAAGCUGUAACGAAGAAAAAGAAGAAGUCAGGCCUUGAUAAAGGCAUAAAACGAAAAGUCGACGAUGAUACUGCUAUGGCCGUCAGCAUGGACAAACCCGGAAGCUCUAAGGAGAAGAAGACGAAGAAGAAGAAACGAAAAGUCAAUGCGAUAGAUGAUAUAUUUGCUGGCUUGUAA